AUGUCUGUCCAUGUUCUCGGGAUUGGUGCCAUGGGAUCUCUCCUAGCGCAUGAGCUUGUGGCUGCACGUCUCAGUCCGAUUCUUCUAGUGAAGCACAGUACAAUCAAACAGAAUCUCCAUUCGCUCAAUAACACAAUGACCUUGGCCCGCCAUUCGGACUCUGGUAUCAUCUACAACACCACCAAGAUGGCUGUGCGGCAGAAACCGACGUUGGAGGAGUGGGAUAAGACAAUGGCAAUCACCGAUAUGAUUGUGGCUACCAAAACGCACAGCACCAAAGAGGCUUUGACGCCCUAUGUGCCAUACAUGACGCCAGAUACCAACCUUAUUUUCGUCCAGAAUGGUAUGGGCGCUGUUCCCUCUGUUAUAGACGCUCUAUGGCAGGGCCGCCAGGAACCUAACGUAUACCAUGUCAUAAGUUCCCACGGCGCAUACAAGGAGCGUGUGAACCUUACGCAUCAUGUGGGAAUGGGGUCUCUCACCAUAGCGAGGGUGCCGUUGCGGGAGGCAUUCCGCAAUGGUUCUUCAGAGCACAGUAAUGAGAAGGAGCCGGUUCCAAAUGUCAUUCAGGCCCUCUUGGAUAGUCCGAAUUUGGACGCGAGCCUUGCAUCAUAUCCCGAGUUCCUUGUAGCACAGAUGGAAAAACUAGUGGUGAACGCAUGCAUAAAUCCAAUCACUGCUUUGAUGGACUGUAAGAACGGCGAUCUUUUGCGCAGCACAAACUGUAUCUCGAUGAUGAAAAAGGUCAUUGAGGAGUGUGUUGAUUGCUUCAGAUCAGAUUCCGAAGUGUACGCCUCUGUGCCAGAAGUCCACGCGAUUUUGUCGAAAGAGCGCCUUCUUCAGUGUGUAUUGGAUGUGAGUUACAAGACUGAGAAGAAUAGUUCAUCAAUGCGCGAGGAUGUCCGUAAUGUGAAGUUGACUGAGAUCGAUGCAAUUAAUGGCUACAUUGUGGAUUUGGGCCGUAAGAAUGGUGUUCCAACUCCAUUGAACCAGACGCUUACCACUAUGAUUCGUGCGAAGCAUCAAAUUGGCCAGGCUAAGGAGAGAGCAGCCAUUGAGACUUUCAGCACAAGAUGA